AUGGAAGCUAGCUUUCCUGCGGUGAAAGGUCAGCGAGCAGGCCUAGUUUCACCUAUAAUUUCAAGCUCCGCGUCAGUACAGUGUUUCUCCUUUUACUAUCACAUAAUCGACGCCUAUGUCGGAGAUAACUUUGAAGAUAUUGCUGUUGAUGAAUUAAGACUGUCUGACGGAGAAUGUAAUAAUACUGAGAUAAUACCUGAGAUACAUAAUAGCAAUUGUAGUUUUGAGCAGAACCUUUGCGGCUGGACACAUGAUCCAACUGCACAGUUUUCCUGGACUCAUCAAUAUGGUGAAACCCCUACCUAUGAUACAGGUCCAACGACAGGUGCUGAUAAUUCCUCCGCCUACAUCUUCAUCGAAUCUAGUUUGCCACAAGCAUUAUGUGAUCGAGCUGGUUUAAUGUCACCUUUAAUCCUAAGGCCGACAACGACGAGUGGAGCACAGUGUUUCUCGUUCUUUUAUCACAUGUAAGUUAUUUAGGGAGAGGUUUUGCCCGGAGAGCUGGGAAACAAACAAAAGUGCCUCCUAACUUUUGUUAAGGGCACCGAUUCUACGCACAGUAUGAACAUUUUUUCGUAUCUAGACUACGACAUCUUCCGAACUUUCACAUUUGUUUUCUCCUAUUUUAAAUUGGACAGAUUCCCGUAAUAUCUCAUUCGACAGAAACACUGCGUCGACUGAAGCACUUUUUGACUUUUCUAAGAUCAGUAUAAGUCACUUCCAUUUCAAAACUUCAUAUUCUUUUUCGAAAAGCCAAAAGGUACCUCAGUCGACGUAGUUUUUUCUGCCGUAGUUUUUCUUUCGAAGCGACGUUGCGGGCAUCUACACAAGUGGCUAACGCACAGUGGGCAUUUUUUCCCAGAGCAGGCGGACUUUAGCUUUAUGAGUGAACUAAAAUUUCAUGAACCAUUUUUUUAUAGGUUUUUCAUGAUCCUCUUUCUAAUGGCAUGAGAGUUGGAUUUUGAAAAAGUUUUCUAAAGAGUUU